AUGCAGGAUUUGGGCCCUGAGGACCCUGAUGUCGCUCGUCAUCCCAGCUAUGAGCAAAUGAGCUUCUUCGGGAAGCAGAAUAACCCUGAGGGGAUUGGCCGAAUGAGAUUUAUCCCGGCCAGAUGGCUUCCAGAUAACCAUUACGUCUUCCAAGAGAAGAUGUUGGCAGUUGUCGGCCUCAUCCGAAAGUACAGGGAUGAGUUGAGCGAAGCUACUUCGGGGGUUGACUAUAACCGGCUUGGGGUGAACGCUGAACGAGUCAUUUUAGACCGGGCUCCAGCGAUCAUAGCUCCGAAGGACCGUCCGCUGCAUCUGCACAAAACGGGACUUCAGAUCGAAGCUGCCGCUGAAUACACCAAGCAGAAGCCUUGGUGGGAGAAGCGAGAUCCCCUUCGGCCUUUAUUACCUGAGGAAGCACAGGCUGCUCAGACAGCAGCUGACGUGUCUCGAGCAAUCGACUCCUUGAAAGGAGGUGUUGGGACAUCUGGUGCUGCUGAGAGGGAUAUCCCCGCAUCUGAAGCUCAGCCGAAGUUUGAGGAAGGGAGCGAAAGAAGAGAAGGAAAGGCGCCUGCUCGUUCUGAGGAUCCAUCUUCGUCAGAAUCUGAAGAAAUGGGCUUCUCAGAUGAUAUUGAUAGGGAGGUUGACGCUUUUCUUCGUCAACCUGAUCUGGGGGAGGAAGCAGAGAAGGUCGUUGCUGCUGACCUUGGUGGAGACCAACUGGGCUCCGCCGAAGGAGAAGGUCAUGCUAAGCCUGAGAAGAUUCAGGAGGUUCCUUCUUCUUCCUUCCCCUCAUUCCAGACGCUGAACUCUGGAGAUUUGGGUUUCUCGGCCCCCCGCAUCACAGUCCCAGAACCUGUUUGGGAACGAAUUUGGGGCCAGAACCGUGAAGGGGCUGCAGGCUACUUCGGCGACUUAACUAGCAUGUCCGAAGUGGACCGAGCAAGGGUGUGGUCGCUGAAGGCCACAGAUGGGAUGGGAGAAUCCAGCCAAAGGGUCCCUGACCCUGCAAAAGACAACCAGCGUUUGCUGAUGCAUGUUGUGCACAAUCAGACUCUUACUGUAGAGUUGAUUGACACCCUCCAAGACAAGCUGGAGCAUGCCUGGGAGGAUGCAAAGAUUGCCCGGGAGGAGGCGAAGCUUGCUGAGCUGAAACAGCAGGCUGCUGAAGAGAAGCAGCAGCAGAGCGAAGAAUAUGAAAAGAGGGCUGCUGAAGCCAUUCAAACCUUCUGCUCGGCUAUGGAGAAGGAAUUUUUUCCCCCGCUGAUGGAAAGGGAGAAAUUCCUUCAGGAGCAAAUGGGAGUGGACAUCUCCAAAUUUAAAGCUGCCAUCGAGAGCCGAAUUCAAGAAGGGAUGGCUACAGAAGAGGCUCUACAGGCUAGGGAUGUUCACCUUUCUGCUGCCCAAGCUGCUGCUGAGAGCCAGGACCAGAAGCUGAAGGAGUUGGAGGAUCAGCUGAGAGUCAAGGGAGAUGAGCUGACCCAGGCCAAAACCGAAGCUUCCAACGUCCAGCUGGAGCUUAAUGAGCAGAAGACUUCUUCCUCCAAACUCUCAGAAGAGUUAGAAAAAUCUAAAAAGGAUUUGGAGGAGAGUCAAAAGAAGUUGGCUGACGCUGAAGCCUUACUCCAAGUCCGCCUCUACACCCAAGAAGAGUAUGAGAUGGGCUACAUAAAUGGGUUUAAGGUGGCUCGGAGGUUGGCUCUCCAUGCUGAGCCUUCGCUGGAUUGGUCCAAGUGUGCGCUUUGGGCUCAGGACCCCGAAGAUCCGCACAUGCUGUAUGCCACUCCUGCUGAGCAUGAGAUCCUUCAGGCUGAACAAGCCGAGGAGGAAGCUGAGCGGCAGGAGUUGGAGGCUGAACAGCGAGCCGCUGAAGCUCAGGCAAGGGCCCAACCUGCCUCCUCUACUGCUGGAACCGAGACUGCCCCGAGGCUUGGCCCAGCUGAUCAGCCUGAUCCUCCAACUGAAGCAUAG